CCGCUCAAUUCAAUAUAUAUGGUUUAGCAUAUUACUUUGGUUUUGCUACCAUUCAUUGGAUUCUGUUAUGUCAUUUAUUUAUUAUACCAUAUGAUAUGGUUUUUAUUUAUAAUACUAUAUUCAUUUUUAUGGUUUUUAGGAUUCUUUAUUCACUUUUACUUCAAAAAUUGUUUUAUGGUUUGAUUGUAUAAUAGCCUUGAUUAUUCAAAUUUAAUAUUGGGUAAAUUACAUUAACUUCUCCUGAGGUUUACACUGACUUCUUUUUUUAGUAAGGCUAAAGGGACCGGAACUAAUGCAGAUGGUAUGAAGGCACAAGGGUAAAUAAGGAAAAAUAUACAUUUCAAUGUAAAAAAGAUGAUACUAUCAUUUUCCCAUCUCUAUGACUAAACGAAUUAUUGAUGAAAAAGGGAGUUAAGUGUUAUGUGAAUUUAAACUUUAUGGGAACCCAAUGUAAUUAUGCCAAAAUUGUGUGACUUGCUAUAUUUUCUCUAAAUCUAUGGGGAGGUUAGUGUAAUUUAUCAUUUAAUAUUUUAGAACUAUUUGGAAAAGUCCCCAUGGCACAGACUCUUCUUGCUCGUUGGUUGUGUUUUCAUUUUUUAUUUUCCUACUCCAUUUCUUGUUUUAUACAAAAAAAGUGCUUUUCUGUUUUCAUUUUCUAAGAAAUAAUUUGGAAACUUGGUUUUAUUUUUAGAAUCAUCCAAAAGAUGUAGCCUAUUUUUCUAAUCAGAACUCUGAAAAUAGAGUAAAAUGAAAACACGAGGCUACAUUUAUCGUAACUUUAUUCCCUCUAUGUAAAUUAGAGAGGGGUUUCGAUUGGACAUAGUUGGAUUUGGGCUAGGCUUAUUCUAUACAGAAAGAACAUGUGUCAUUUCAAGCCUAGCCUAACUCGACAUUAGGCCUAAUUUAACAAUCCCAAGCCUGUCCACUUAACUCAGUAUAUAUGAAUACUAAUUUUUUUCUGGGAUCUUGGAGCCUUAAAUGAGUUUGGCCCGUUUAAAAUUUAUUUUAAUUGAGGCUAUUAACAAAAUUCAAAUUAUAAAUGCUUUUUUGUAUUUUACACAAAUGUUUGAAUUUAAGCUUUUAAAAAAAUGUAAUUUUUCUUAUUUUUUAUAUUUUAUUACUUUAGUAUGUAACUAAAUAAUAAAAUUAAAAUUAAUCCUUUUAAUUUUUGGACCGGGCCGGGCCGGGGCAAAAAAUAAAUGAACUCAAAAUCUUGGUCUAGUCUAAUUUCAUGAAUUAAAAAAUAUAUUUUAAAUCUUAAAAAUAUCGAAUUGGGUUAGGUGGACCGCAAAGCCACCAGCCCUCAUGUCCACCCCUAAUUAUAAACCAACAAAAAUCCAUUUCUCACUUUUCCUUUGAAACCCCUCUUGAUUUCCUUACACUGGAAUCAAACGAAAGGCGGUGACAAUCACAGAUCGGGAAUCCUGCGGUUCAUAUCAGUUGAUUCCUUUACGAAGAAGGUUAUUUGGAUUGGAAUACUGAACUCCUGCUCCACUUAUGCAUGCUUUUCAGAGCAAGCACUCAAAACAUAAAUCUAGACAUGUUAGCUUAUGGUGUCUUAAUUGUAUAUGGUCUAAAAUCAGAAUGACCUAGAGAAAGGGAGUUGGUAUUUACUGAUGGUCUAGUCCUACUUUGUUUAGAUUUCAGUUCUUGCUACCUUACUAAGUUGGAGGAUUCAUACUCUGAUGCGAGAAAUGGGAAAAUUCAGACUUUCCAUGCACCCUUUGUUCUUAAAGUUCUAGGAACAAAUAUAAUAUCAUCCCACCGAACAAGUAGGAAUGCUACUCAAAACAUAAUAUUUCCUUGUAUCCUUGUAGAUGGCCAGAUGGGAUGAGAUUUUGUCGCUUCCUGUACAAAACCCUCCAACCUUGGAGUUCUCUGCUGUUGAUAUUGUGUGGACUAAGGUGGAAGGUUGGCGUGACAAUAUAGAUAGAGUUGCUCUGAUUCCCUUUGCUAGAGUGGAUGAUUUUGUGCGUGGUGAAUCCUCUAAUAAUGACUGCCCUACAAGAUUUCAUGUUGAAGCAAGGAGGCGUAGGCCUCCAGAGAUGCCUUACAAACCAAAGGUUGAUGGCAUUCUUGAGUAUAUCUUGUAUUGGUGUUCGUUUGGUCCAGAUGAUCACAGAAAGGGCGGCAUUGUUCGACCCAGCAGGAGUACUUAUGUCCCGAAAAAGAAACCUGCUGGUCGGCCAAAUACAAAGAGAGGGUGCACCUGUCACUUUAUUGUGAAACGCUUAAUUGCUGAGCCGUCAGUUGCACUUAUCAUAUAUAAUCAGGAUAAGCAUGUGGAUAAGAAAGGGUUGCCGUGCCAUGGUCCACAGGACAAGAAGGCUGCUGGAACUCGUGCUAUGUAUGCCCCAUAUAUCUCAGAGGAUCUCCGCCUCCGUGUCUUAUCUCUACUAUAUGUUGGGGUUUCUGUAGAAACCAUAAUGCAGAGACACAAUGAAUCAGUGGAAAGACAAGGGGGGCCAUGUAAUCGUGAUGACCUUUUAACUCACAGAUAUGUGCGGAGACAGGAGAGGAGCAUCAGGCGUUCUACAUAUGAAAUGGAUGCAGAUGAUGCAGUCAGCAUCAGCAUGUGGGUUGAAAGCCACCAGAAUAAUGUUUUUUUUUAUGAAGAUUACUCUGAUUCCGAUCCUUUUGUCUUGGGUAUUCAAACAGAGUGGCAAUUGCAACAAAUGAUACGGUUUGGAAAUCGUGGCCUUGUGGCUUCGGAUUCAAGGUUUGGAACAAAUAAAUUGAAGUAUCCCAUUCAUAGUCUUCUUGUGUUCAACUCAGACAACAAGGCCAUCCCAGUAGCAUGGAUAAUAGCACCAAGAUUUGCAUGUGGGGAUACCCAUAGAUGGAUGAGGGCUCUUUAUAACAGAGUUCACACAAAAGAUCCCAUGUGGAAGUUGGCUGGGUUCAUAGUGGAUGAUCCUUUGGCUGACAUCCUCACAAUCAGGGAAGUGUUUCAGUGCUCUGUAUUGAUAUCCUUUUGGCGGGUUCGUCAUGCAUGGCAUAAGAACUUAAUAAAGAGAUGUUCGGAGAUUGAGAUGCGUGCUGAGAUAUCAGGACGGCUUGGUCAGGCAGUGUACAGCGUCUGUAGAGGCAUUGGAACCAUGGAUUUGUUUGAUAAUUUUAUGGAAGAUUUCAUUGAUGGAGCAGAUUUCAUGGAUUAUUUCAAGGCGAUUUGGUAUCCUAGAAUAGGUUCAUGGACUACUAUCCUCAAAACUCUUCCGCUUGCAAGCCAAGAGACUUGUGCAGCUAUGGAAUUUUACCAUAACCAAAUGAAGCUUAGGUUGCUAAAUGAUAAUGAUUCUGGUGUUUAUCAACGUGCUGAUUGGUUGGUUGAUAAGUUGGGUACUAAAGUGCAUUCCUACUUCUGGCUUGAUGAGUAUUCAGGAAAAGAUGAUUUUGCACGAUAUUGGAAGGAUGAAUGGAUGAGUGGUUUAACAUCUUGGCGCAAAUCCUUGAAGAUUCCCGACUCUGAUGUUGUCAUGGUGGGUAAAUGUGCAAAAGUUGUUGACCAGGAAGAUCGAAAAAGAGCUCAUGUUGUAUUUAACCCAGGUACAGAGUUUGCAAUCUGUGAUUGCAGUUGGGCAGAAAUGGGCAACGUCUGUGAGCAUGUGUUCAAAAUUAUUAAGGUUUUUCGCAAUAAAGGGUUAAGUUUACCAUCUAUCAGCAUGUUUCAAUAUAACCAGGCUUUGAUUAAUAUGUUACACUGCCCACCCCAUGACUCUCUGAUUCGGGAUCAUGCUGUUUCUCUUGCUGUCUGGGUACAAAGUCAGUUAAACACACUGGUUGAUCAAGAGAGCGUACAGACCAUUGUGGAUCCUACUGAGCAACAAACCGUUGGGCUGCUUGCUGCUAAUCAAGAGAGAGAUAAGAUAAAUGAGAACCAUUGUACAAAUGAGAACAUCUCAUCUUGUGCAGAAAAUGGUUCUGCAAUUGGCCAGAAGGUUCCAGAGCGUAUCAUGGAUGAUUUGGGUGGUUCCUUGCUUGAUCAGGUAGCAAGUGAAAAUGGCAUUUGUAGUGAAAGAGACGGAGUAGAAGUUUCUUGUGCUGAGAUGGAAGUUGAUCCAGCAUCCCUCUGUACCCCCUCAUCAGGAUUAUUUUCUGUUGCCACAGAAAACGGAGAGAGAGUGUUGAUUGAUGCAGGCCCAGACAUAACUAAGAAUCUUCCAUCUACAGAUGAUUCAUUUACAAGUCUAAAUGGUUUUGAAGAUGAUAUCCUGGACAAAGAUUCUGGUGAAAUUGCUAUGGAUAUGGAGCCACAAUUUGUACCUACACUGGAGUUACAAGACCAGUGCACAAUGGUCAAUGAGAUUGGUGUUUACACAACUGACGACGAACCGUUAGCUGUUCCUCACCAAGUUCAUGUUGAACCCAAAAUUGACAAUACUGCUGGAUCCAUAUCCAUCCCUGUUGAUUCACAGCUACUCAAUGUGGUUGAAACUGCAGGUGAAAUUGAAGAGAAUAGAGGGACGGGCUUGCAAAAUGAGAAUGGAAGCACAAGUCAAAACUUAAACUCCACGAAUGAUGAUGUCCCAUUAGCAGGAUUUCAAAAUAGCAUGGCAGAAGGUUCCAGUCUUGGUCACAAUGCAAAGGAGGUGAAUUUUGCUUCAAAGAGUGACAAUACUUCUGCAGUGAUCUCUGACUCCAGUAAUCUACAGCUCGUUGAUAUGGUUGAAGCUGCAGGUGGAAUUGAAGAGAAUCGAGGGAUGUUCUUUCAAAAUGAUAGUAGAAUCACAAUUCAGAAUGUAAACCCCAUGGAUGAUGCUGUUGUCCCAUUAGCAGGAAUUCAAGAUAGCAUUGCAGAAGAUUCCAAUCUUGGUCAUGAUGCAAAGGAAGCAAAUUUCAACCCCGAAAUUUACAAUACUUUUGCAUCCACAUCAGUCUCUGCCUCUGUUGAUUCGCCUCUGGUCAAUACGGUUGAAGCUGCAGGUGGAACUGAAGAGAAUGGACAGAUGUGCGCGCAAAAUGAGAAUGGAAGCACUAGUCGGAUCCUACCCUCCAUGGAUGGUGACAUGCCAGUAAAAGAGUUUCAAGAUAGCAUGGCAGAAAAUUCCAAUCUUGAUCAUGAUACGAAGGGAGCUGGCAGUGUGAUGGCUGUGCGCCCAGAAUCAAAUCAAGACUUUUCAUCAAAGUCAAAUUCUAGUGAGUCACAUCCCCGUGUUGACCCCACCGCUCGUGAAACCUCUGCGGAGCUGUCUUCUAUUGAUGAACCUUUCGUUGUUAGAUGUGGGGCUCAAGAUCACGUUGAAGUGAUCAGCCAGCAGGAAACUGUUAACGAUGGCAAUGGUCCUGUGCCUGAGGAAACUGUUUCAGCAGAGUGUCUGCCUACCUCUCCUGUAAGGCAGGAGAAUCAGAAAGCUGCUGAUGUUGCAACUGGUGAUGGAUAAUAUUCUUGCUCUCUCUCCAUGUACAUACACGAUUACAUGUAGAUGGACUCAUUUGUAAUAUUAUCUCAAUUCAAACAAAAAGUGGUUUUUUGAAAUUCUACAUUAUCUUGUUAAGCCUUCUACAAUUUUGAAGGUAAGGUUUUUAAUGUUGUUGCAAUAUUAUAAUUGUUUCAAUCACUUCUGGCCCUUACAGGUGGAGACUAGGUUCCUUUUGCCUUGGCAGCUGAGCUGAUAAAUAGUACGGUUUUGAGCUUUUUGUAGUACCAAAAUUUGUUUCUAUCAGUUUCUUGGACAAAUAAAUGCUUGAAACAGGAUGAGUAUAAGAGAUGGGUCAAGUGAAGCAAGUGAUGAAGUUAAUAUAUAUUUUGUAUACUACCAUGAACAUUGAUUUGUCUUUGGGGAAAAGAAGGUUGUAGCAUUUAUGCAUACAUUAACCGAAGGCAUUUGGUGGUUGUUAUUCUACUGCUGUCUUGGUUAUUUGUUGUUUUAUAUUGUUCUUGGCAUACUUCCAUAUCCAUCCUACAAAAGCUUUUAAAGUAAUGACAGGCUUGUUUUGCAUCUGAAUCACCAUAUUUUGGAAUGAGAAAGAUUCAGUUAUUAAGAGAAAUAAGGAUUAUUUUUGGUCAUUUUUUAUUCGUAAAUUGUAAAUUAUUUGCAUCUCUAGGGAAGCAUGGCCAUUGCAGCUUGUUCAAUUUGGUACAACUAUGGCGGCUUCACUUCUUCAACAUUUCAGGAGGUACUGUUUGUUUAUGUGUCAUAUCGAUUGUUUGGACAUAUUAUAAGUGGAUCAAGUUCUUAUUUUGUUUUAUUUUUUUUGCCAGAGAAUUUCAUUACGAAAAUGAAAGGAUAUACGAUGGAGCUCAAUACAUGAAAGCAGGCAGCCUCUAAUAACUACAAGGGGCAACAAACUCUGACCAGGUACUCUUUGCACCCAAUUAAAAUCUGGCCAUAUCUAUUACACCUUAUAGUAAAAUAGUUGCAUACAGAUGUUUGGUGAAGUUGUUGAGUGUGGCUACUGUGAAUAUACAAGCUAAAAAAUAAAGAAGCUUAAACAUGUCCUGGAAAAUCCCCAAACAAUACUGUUGCAGUGUAACUGUCUGGGUUGGCUAAGAUGGUGAUCUCCUUGGUCAUUGGAUCAGUGGUGGUGGAUAAUCCAGUAUAAAUUUUUUUGGCUUUUCUUUUGCUGAAUUUUUUGUAUGCAUCAAUAACUAUAAUUGGAGUGCCACAAAUAAUUUGCAGUAUUUCACACAAACAUAUUUUCUUAACCUUUGUUGCUUGUCAUGUUUGUCAUGGAAUUGGUUCCCAAACACCUUCAUUAAUGAUGCUGUGUUUGGAUCUUGGAUUGGUGAAGGGAUUUGUUGAGGGAUUUCUCAUCCCUUUUCUUUUUCCUCCACAAAUCCAUGAUCCAAACACGGUAUAAAGACAACAUAAGUUUCUAUUUUAAGAACCGUCAGAAUGAUGAGAAUGAUUCUGUAAGGAAUGUUGAGAGGAGAUUCCCUGGAGCUUGUAUUCUGUUUGAUUAUUUGGAGAGCCUCAACAUUCCAUUGGGUGAUGUUGGGAUCAAGAAGGAUGCUCUCACUCUCAGUGUUAAACCCUCUAAAGCUCCUGGCCCUGAUGGGUUCCAGAGUUAAGACGGAUAUGGACAAAUGACACGACAUGGAUAUGACACGGACACACUAACAUGACAAUUUUCAAAAAAUACAGGAUACAUGUGGGGGACAUCUACAUAAAUAUAUGAUUUUAUAUAGUUAUUACAUGUCAUGUAUAUAAAUAUUUAUUGCAUGUUACAUAUUUGUUUGAAGUUAAUAAAAAUAUACAAAAGAACAUGAGUUUCUAAAGUUUAAAGGAGAAUUGAUUAAUAGGUAUAAAUUUACAUCAAUUUUCUUUUAUUGUUAGUUCCUAAUUUAUUUUGUUUGAACUUAUAAUGUGUUUCAUGAUUAGUCUAAGUGGACAUAUGUGGCCUCUUAAGUGUCCAAAACAAUGUCUAAGUAAAGAAUUAAAAUAAAAUAAUAGCUCACAAUUAGAUGCAUGUCGUCGGAAGUGUCUGAUGAAUGUUGGGAAGUGUUCAACACACGGACACCGCACCUUUUUAUGAGCGCCCAUAGCUUUUAGGUUCCAGUCCACUUUCUUACCACAGAUCCCGGGGUGUGGUUGUGUAAUUACUAAUGAGUUGUUUCAAUAAUGGUGUUAUACUGUUAAUCCCGAAGAGAUCAAAAAGACUUCUAUUGCUUUUAUUUCCAAAAUUGAAAAUCUGGAUACUAUUUCUGGAGUUAGACCUAAUGUUCAUUCUAAAAUCUUAACUAAAAUAAUUGUCAAUAAAAUUAGACCUUUAAUGGACAAAGCUUAUCUCCCCCUCCAGAGUAGUUUUACCCCAGAGAUUCUCCUCUCUAUAAGGUAUUGAAGAUAUUUGAUGAAAAUAUAAGAAACUUUCUAAUAAAAGAAAAAUAUAGAUAAAUAUCAAAAUUGAUAGACCACGCCAAAAAAACAUAACUGUAUUAAAGUGAAUCCAACAACCCAUCAUUUACCUGAAGUAAAGUAAAGCACCAAGCCUAUGGGAUGAAAAUGAAUAGAUACACUUAAUUAUUACGAUGAAUUAUAUUUGUUCGAUUGAAAGUAAGGAGGGAGAUGCUGACAUGAUCUUUUCUGGAUGCAUUUGGAAUGCCAAUGCUGAUCUUGGUAACAUAUCACAGCUUCCUCUUGUACCACCAUAUUUUGGUUUGGAAGGAUGUUGAAAAGGGAGACAAUGAGAAACCAGUGACCUUGGUCAGCUCCUUCAACAACUUCUCAACUGUUAUGUUUGAUCACAUCAACCCACGCAGACAGUCCAAUGGUUAAAGGGGCGAACUCUGGAGCGAAUCGUAAACUCUGACAUCUUAACUUUUGCUGGUGUUUGUGUGAUUUAUAGGGUUUACCUUGCAGCUAAGUAGUGAUGUAUGGAGCACAAAGGACAAAGGUUCAUUUCAUGUGAAUUGAGGAAAAAGUUAACCAAACCUCUUCUAGUGUUCUUAGCUACAAAUUGGACAGAUGGUUAUGAUUGUUAUUGCUAUGUAUUCUCUGUUCUAAAACCCAUUUUCUGUGAUCUAAAUUUGACAGAUUGCCUCUUCUCUCUCUUAGGGUAAGAUUGGUGCCUCAUGGAUUGACAUAGAAACAUGGAUUGACAUAUAAAAUAGCUCACUGUAAGUUCCAUUCUUCCUAUGACACUAGUUAUUUCAACCGUAACAUUCUUUUUCUUCAACAAAAGUGUUUGCUCAGAAUAUUCUAUUAACAACUCUCUAAUGUUCUGUAAUCUGUAAUAUAUGAAUAUCUGCAAUUGAUAAUGAGAUUUGGAUUGCUACCAUCUAUUUGUUUAAGAACCUCUUGCUAUGUCACAAUCCAGAAGGGCUAAACAUUUUAAGUCACUGAACAUCAGGCUUAUGUGAUUUUUGACAUGGUAUACACGUUUGUUUAGGCUAUUGAGAAAGGGUAGAGAAUGAUUUUUUUAAAUUGAUCACUCAUAUUAUAUAUAUAUAUCAUGAUAAUCUUUUUGUCCUCGUGUAGAGUACUUAUGUGAUGCAACAUAUACAUAUAUUGGUGGCUUUAUGAUGACCCUUUAUUCUAGUGUAAUAUGUUGGUUGUCUCAAUUUUGAAAAGGAUGUCGUCCUAGAACAAAAGCGGAGAGAUUCAACCAAGCACAUGCUAAGUUAAGAAAUGUGAUCUAACAUGCUUUUGGCGUAUUAAGGCUCGUUUUUAAUAAUAAAGAAGAUGUUGCCUUAUCCUUCUAGUACACAAAAAAAGAUUGUUAUUGCUUGUAUUAGCGUACACAAUUAUCUUACGAAAACCUUAGAUGCGUUUUUUGAUCGAUUUAAUGAUAUGAAUAUUUCUUAUGGUGACCUCCAACAUGAGAAUAAUUUAAAAAGCGUAAGAGUAGGUGUUGGGAUUAUUUUGUCUAUUUGAUAAAACAAUAAUUAAUGAUUUAUCUUGAUAUUGAGAGCUGUACGGUUGAACAGUGUUUUUAGUGCUAAUGCAUUGUUUUGUAGCAAUGUUCUUGGGAGUUAAACAGUCUGCACAGGCCAGCUUGGGAAAUCAAAAGGCAAAGGAGUGUCUUUGUUUUUCUUUUCAGACACAUAGCUAUCAGAGCUGGUAAUUGGGAGAUGGAGAUGGGGUGUUGGCUGGAGAAGAUAAAUGAAGAAUAUUAGAUAUUCUUUGUAACUAACUUCUAAAUUAUAUAUUCUGAUGUGAUGGGACUUGGUUUGAUAGUGGGCACAGUGCAUGUAAGGGGAAGGGUAAUACACAAUUGGGUUUGUGUGUGAUAACAAUGUGUAUUUUUGUGGGGUAAUUUUAUUAAUAUAAUUACAAAAAAAUUUAGUACACA